UCUGAAUUCUACCCGGAACCUCAGAUACACUAACCGACAGUCCGACAAAAUGGCCACUACCCAGGGAGCAAUUUCCAAGAGGAGAAAGUUCGUCGCUGACGGUGUUUUCUAUGCCGAGCUGAACGAGUUCUUCCAGCGCGAGCUGGCUGAGGAGGGCUACUCGGGCGUCGAGGUCCGCGUCACCCCCACCGUCACCGACAUCAUCAUCCGCGCCACCCACACACAAGAGGUUCUCGGAGAGCAGGGCCGCCGCAUCCGUGAGCUCACCUCGCUCAUCCAGAAGCGCUUCAAGUUCCCCGAGAACUCCGUCUCCCUCUACGCCGCCAAGGUCCAGAACCGUGGUCUCUCCGCCGUCGCCCAGUGCGAGUCCCUCCGAUACAAGCUGCUCAACGGCUUGGCCGUACGAAGGGCCUGCUAUGGUGUGCUGAGGUUCAUCAUGGAGUCUGGUGCUAAGGGUUGCGAGGUCGUCGUUUCCGGAAAGCUGAGGGCCGCCCGUGCCAAGAGCAUGAAGUUCACCGACGGUUUCAUGAUCCACUCCGGUCAGCCUGCCAAGGACUUCAUCGAUGAUGCCACCCGCCACGUCCUGCUCCGCCAGGGUGUGCUCGGUAUCAAGGUCAAGAUCAUGCGUGGCUCUGACCCCGAGGGCAAGUCCGGCCCCUCCAAGACCCUCCCUGACUCCGUUACCAUCAUCGAGCCCAAGGAGGAGCAGCCCGUUGUCCAGCCCAUGUCCCAGGACUACGGCGCCAAGGCCAUCGCUGCCCAACAGGCAGCGGACCAGGCCAGGCAGGCGGAGCAACAGGAGGGUGAGGCCCAGCCAGCGGCUGAGGGCGAGGGGUUCACUGAGGAGCAGUAAACAAAAGCUGCAAUGCGGGGCGCAUAAGGUUACGAAAAGGCAUUUAGCGGAAGGCUGCGAUGCCAUUAUGAAACCUGACACACAUCUUCCUUUGCACAUUCGGACUGGACUGGGCUGCUUUUGACAUGGGAGGUUAUGGAGUCUUAGUGCUAUGUACUCUUUCUGACAACCCGAACAUCAAAAGAUGCUUCAACCAA